AUGUUUGGCCGUGCCGCGCAUAUAGCGCCCGCCAUUACUUCUGCAGGAAUUAGAGCGCGAAGCAUGAUCAUGCGUCCCAUGGGUACGCGAUUCAUGCACGCGCAUGACGCUCAGGCUUCCACAUCAGAAGCUGAUUACACACAGGUAGAUGGGUCGGAGCUCUUUGCUGUAGAGCGCUCUUCGCCUAUUGUGCACACGCGUCUUUCAUACCUCAGUCCUGAGACGCGCCCAAAAGGUAAGAAAGCUUUGUCAUACGUCCCUAUGUCGGCGCAUGUGUUCAAUGCUGCACCACACCAGCAUGCGAUGCACAUGGCUGUCGUAUACUAUCUUGAUGCGCUGCGCAGUGGCACUGCUAGCACCAAAACGCGCUCUGAAGUGUCUCGUUCAGGAAGGAAGCUGCGCCCUCAAAAGGGUUCGGGAAAAGCGCGUUUGAGUGAUGCUGGAAGCCCUAUGCUUCGUGGCGGCGGUGUGGCCCAUGGUCCUAAGCCACGCGAUUUCAAGACCGAGCUUCCGCGCAAAGUACGCGAGCUCGCAUUGCGAUCUGCCUUGAGCGCUCGAUUGCAGGAAGGAAGCCUGCACGUUGUACCCAGUUUGCACUGGUACGCACCACCUAUGUCGACCAACAAACUUGCACGCCUUCUGAGUGCGAAACAAUGGACAGAUGCCUUGCUUCUCACUGCACCCAGGCAACCCGUUCUACCUAUGACGAGCGAGAGGGGUGCAAUGCGUCCAUCAUCUGUGGAUCUAUUGUAUACCGACGACCAAAUUAUGCGCCAUGCCAAGUACAUUCGCAACUUUGACCUAGCGUCGCGCAAUUUGCCAGAUGUGCAGCUCAUGCGUCUUCACGAACUUCCACCUCACCCUCGUCCGCGUCUUGAGCACGAAAAGCAACCUGGUGAGCUGCAUGCGUAUCAAGUCCUGCAGUACAAGAGGGUGAUUAUGGACUUGGGUGCUCUUGAGUGGCUUGAAGCCAAGCUUGGUGGUUCCCUUGUUCAUCAAGUGUAUGCCGAAGAGAUGCUCCAUUGGAACGAACAGCAGCCUCCGUUUGAUACGAGCGAGACCCACGAGGCACCACCUGCCGCAACAACUGACCCGCUGGACACUGCGGUGCCCUCGGCUGCUUAA